AUGUCCGCAGCACUAGAUCUGCAGGCAGCCGUGCGCAGUGCCGACGAUCCAGUUCUGACGAACAUCAACGUGGGAAUCGUCUCCGUGCUCCCUCCCUGA